AUGUUUGUUGCUGCUCGAAACAUCGAGGACAUCUUUAAGCAAGAAUUACGUAAAAGAGUACCGCAAGAUCCCAAUCCCAAGCAAGCACCACCGGUAGAUCCCAAGCAAGCACCACCGGUAGAUCCCAAGCAAGCACCACCGGUGGAUCCCAAGCAAGCACCACCGGUAGAUCCCAAGCAAGCACCACCAGUGGAUCCCAAGCAAGCACCACCAGUGGAUCCCAAGCAAGCACCACCAGUGGAUCCCAAGCAAGCACCACCGGUGGAUCCCAAAGCCCCUGAAACUACCCCUACUCCUACUCCUACUUCAACUUUGCCAACUGCCGAUAAUCAACCAGUAAGAAUAAAAAUGGUUAGUCCACCCGUUAGUAGCAACUUGCUAUUUAAAAUAGGAAAAGUACAAACAUUCAAUUGGACAUAUUCAUCACAAUUUGAUGCGGCUGUUGCACCAAAAAACCUUAAUAUGUUUGCCAAAUACAACGAUCAAAAAGGUUAUAACUUCACCGUUGCAGUGAAUCUUCCGCCUGAUACAACCUCUUUUGUAUGGGACACUUCCAAAGUUAAAAAUCCAGAAUUACCAGUUGGAACUUACACUUUGUAUAUAUGGGAUGAGAGAGGUCCACAACCAUCUUCUGUAGUAGGUGGCCAAUUACAACCUUAUUUUGAUUUACGUUUUAUGAUGUAUCAACCAAAACCACGCACUGAUUUAAAUGAAUAUAAAUGUGCUGUAUGUGAUGGAAAUAAUCCAAUGACAAGAGCUGAACAAAACAAACCAUAUCUCCCAAUUGCUGUUUUAUCUGGAAUUUUGGUUGUAACGCUUCACGAAAGACGUCAUCGUAAAGUAAGAAGGUCUUCACAAAAACAACCCUCCUGGUUAAAACGCACUUUGUGGACAGAGCUUCCAAAGAAUCGAGAAAUGGUUUCUUUUGGAAGUAAAUCGAGGGUGGUUUCUACGCCACAAGGUGGUGUAAUUGAAUUCAAAAGAAUGUCGCGUAGAGAUCGUGACAAGUGGACUGAACAUAAAGCACGCCAAAAACCAUAUGAGCAUAGCCAGCCAUUGGUUAGUUCACAAUUAGCUGAAUCUAAUCGAAUGGUAUUUUUAUCUAAAAAAAAUAUAAUACCUGUGCUUUCAUCACGAUACAUAGUUAAAGCAAAGUCUAUUUGUUCAUAG